CACUGGAGCUGGCAUGCUGAAGCUGAGACCGUGUGCGGGGCAACGGGGGAGUGUAGGUCGGACCGGUCCUGGGGUGCCCUGGGGGCUGCGAGCUCUGCUAUUUGGGGUGAGCUCACUGACCCUGCUCGCUGGAGCCGGGCUGCUCCUCCUGCUCUCCCAGCACACUCAGCUGUCUGGCCGCCUGGCCCAGCUGGAGAAGCGGCUACAGGAGCUCUCUGAGCGCUCGCUAGUGCAACUCCUCACCGAGGCAUCUAGCGACCAUGACCCCGACCCUGACCGCGAAGUGGUGGGGUACCAGUACUCCCGAGACAAGAGGAGCCAAGACCAGUGGCCUCAGGAGGGACUCCGCAGAGCUGAGCAUGAGGACAUGAUGAUGAUGAUGACUUACUCCAUGGUGCCGGUCAGAGUCUUAGUAGACCUCUGUAACAGCACAAAAGGCAUCUGUUUAACAGGACCUCCUGGACCACCUGGUCUGCCUGGCUCUGAUGGAAUCCCGGGACACAAUGGAACGGAUGGAAUCCCAGGGCCUAAGGGAGACCCAGGAGUCCAAGGAAGACGAGGGAAGAGAGGACCCACUGGAGAAAAGGGAGAUUCAGGAGAAAAAGGGGAUGUAGGAAGUCCUGGUCCACCUGGUCCCCCUGGUGCCCCUGGUGAGAAAGGAGAGCCCUCCAAUGAAGCUGGUUUAAUGGGUCCCCCAGGUCCAGUAGGACCUCCUGGAAGUCCUGGCCCUGCUGGUCCGCCUGGCCCUCCAGGCCUACCCGGGCCUCCGGGGCCCCUCAGGGGAAAGAGCAAUCGGGUGAAUGAGCAGCAGGCCCAGCAGUCUGCAGGGUUGUUUUAUGCUGUCCCAAAUGAUGACAUACUGUAUGGAGGAACAGGAAAAAAAGAAGCAGGACCUCAAAAACCUGCAGGGUGCAUAAUUAAAUCCAUUGUUAGCUUGAAAAAUAUCACUAAAGUGGACACUACAUUCGGGGCAUGGAUGCAGGAUUCAGCAGUAGAAAAUGACCAGCGCAUCUGGGUGGCUGAGCACUUCUCAGGUCGAACAGUAAGGGAAUAUAAAGACAUUGAAUCCUUCGAGAACAGUAGCAGUGACAUCAUUGACGUAAAGAAGUUCUUUCAAGGCUGUGGUCAUAUCAUGCGCAACGGCUCCAUCUACUACCACAUAGCUGGGACCUUCAAGAUUGCUAAAUUUCACUUGCAAACCGAGAAAUUAUACACUCUCUCAGUCGAGAACGCCCUCUACCAGAACCUUGUCUAUCUCCUCAACAACUCCAAGACCUACUUCAAAUUAGCAGUGGAUGAAAAUGGCCUGUGGCUCAUAUUUGCAGCCAGUGCAGAUGAAACCAUCAUGGUAGCACAACUGGAUGAGAAGACCUUCUCUGUUGUCGCUUACAUCAACACGUCAUAUCCCAGAACAAAGGCUGGGAAUGCUUUCAUAGCCUGUGGGGUGCUGUAUGUUACUGAUGUCAAAGACAUGAAAGUGACAUAUGCCUUCGAUCUGCUCAAAGAGAGACCCCUGAGUGUUAGUUUUGAUUUUAGAUCUUCCACAGGUGUCCUGGCCAUGCUGUCCUAUAGUCCGCGAAAUAAACAAUUGUUCGCUUGGGACAGCGGCUAUGUGAAAACAUACAAAGUACACUUUCUUUCUGAUUAGUCUUGAAGGCCUUAUAUCUCACUAAUUUCUUUCGCAAUUUUUACUGAAGAAUAAGAAAAGCUGCAAUAGGCAGUAUUCCAAUUUCCAUUUACAGACACUCCUCUACUUAUGGUUUGAUUUAUGAUUUUUAGAAGUUACAAUGGUACGACAGCGAUACGCAAUCAGUAGAAUCCAUACUUCAAGUUGUGAAUUUUGAUCUGAUCACGCUUGCACUCUCUGUAGCGAUCACGCGAACGAGUGUAAACAACUGAUGCUGUGUUAGAAGUGUUUUUUUGGGUUUUCGCAUCCCCUCAUGUCUACUAAACACCCAUGCUUGUCUCCUGCUUAAAUUUGCCCAGCUGUAGGCUAUGGUAAGUGUUCCGAGCACGUUUAAGGUAAGCUAGGCUAUGAUGUACUGUAGUCUUUUUCGACUUACGAUUUUUCCACAUACGACGGGCUUAUCGGAACGUAACCUCGUCAUUAGUUGUGGAGCAUCUGUACUCAACUGACAAGUGAUGUUAUACUAUUAAUGGGAGGCAUAGUGGUGCAGCAGGUAGUACAGCUCUCUCAGAACUCCUGAGCUUUGGGUUUCCUUUGGGUGCUCUGGUUCAGUCCCACAGUCUUGAGACAUGUUUCAGGUGAACUGGCUUCAAAUUGCCCAGUGUCAGACUGUGUGAGUAAAUGAGUGUGUGUGAUUCCCCUUACAGUUCAGGAUCAGGGUUUCAAGGUGUCCAUUCCAGGGUGCACUAUGCCUCAUACCUUGUGCUUCCAGGAUAGGCUCUGGACCACUGUGUACCUAAGCUAGACAGGUGGGCACUGAUAAUAAAUGGAUGGAUUUGAUAUGCUAUUAAUGUACAGGAAAACCAUUCCAAAGAAGUCUUGCUGUAAACACUUGCAAGAUAAAAAGGAACCAUACACUGGAAAAUUACAAGUUUUUAAUGAUCUCAUGAGGGGGAAAGAAAGUACUCCUUUUCUUUCCUGAAAUACUAUUUACCGGGAUAAAACAGGCACAGUCUCCUUCAUGAGAUAAAAAGAAUUUAUUCAACUUACAAAGGUAAAACAUUGAUGGUGGCAGGACUACCUAUGCACAGCGAGACUGCUGAGGCCUCGGCCGCGUUCCCCGUGAGCAGAGCAUCGUGGGCUCUAGAUCCAUACACAACACAGACGAUAAGUGAAAGUACAACUGGUGGUAUUUAACAGUUAAAUACACAGAGCAGACAUGGCUUCCAACAGUUUUGACAGAAACACAAACCUGUUUAACGAGUACCGUACAAUUAACCAAAGUACAACUAAUUGAGCAGCUAUGAUACAAAUAAAAUAAAGAAAAAGCUUUAAUGUUUGUACAAGCUGUUGUGGUACUUCAUAUAUCUAUAUAUAUUAAAACUAUUUCAAAUUAUUUACUACUUGGCCAAACAAAGCCAGACAUUCAUUUGUAAAUGUAACAGUUUCUUCUUUAAGUUUG